AUGCCGCGCAGGUCGGCCUCUCCAUUCUGGCGGUCCGGCUCUGGCGCUGCCAAAGGCUACGACUCCAAGAAGGUGGUUGGCGCGUCAUACUCGCACACGGACGUCUUGAAGUUCGAUGCCCUCUCCCUGUCGAAUUCCGCCCGCCCGCGCACUCCUCCGCACAAAAAGUCGAGUCCCGUCGACACCUCGCCUCCUGGUCGAGGCGGGGGAAGCGUCAGCUCGCCCAACAGCCGCAGACCCUUCUCAUACUUCUCGAGUUCCAGCAAACAAAGCGCCGACGACGACGACGAUGAUGAUGACGACCAAGCCUUGACCUUUGAGGAUGACGAAGAAGACGAAUUUGGAUUGCCCAGCAUUGCCAGCAUGCGACGCAAAGGCAAGCGGAAACCGCUGAACAAAGGCAAGGACCCUGGAGGCACCCCCGGCAGCCUCAGCCAUCUGCACGAUGCUGGCGGCGUCAGCUCGUCACAACCAUGGCGCAUCGACAGCGGCGACAUUGGCGACGAGCGCAGCGGGAGCACCAUUCCUCUCUACCCCACCGCGAAGCCGACUGUUGGGAAGAUACUCCGGCCACAGUACAAAGAGAUCUUGCGGGACCCUGCCAAUGCAUUGCAUCUCAUUGUCUACCCCACGGUUCCGCCAGACGCAUCGCAAAAGGAGAUUGAGGCGCAUUCGGCGCGAAUAAGCCGCAUCAACAAGUUCAAACGCAUCCUCCAGACGAGUACCAUCUCGCUCACCGAGCUGCGUAACAGCGCCUGGUCGGGCCUUCCCCAAGAGGUACGCGCAAUGUCCUGGCAGAUCCUCCUGGGUUAUCUCCCCACCAGUAGCGAGCGACGCGUCGCGACGCUAGAGCGAAAACGGCGAGAAUACUUGGAGGGGGUGCGACAAGCGUUCGAGCGCUCCAACGUCGGCAACGAGAUGGGCGUGCCGCCCGCGCAGGCUACGAGCAGGAAUCGUGGACGCGGCCUGGACGAGGCGAUUUGGCAUCAGAUCAGCAUUGACGUGCCGCGCACGAAUCCGCACCUGGAGCUGUACAGUUACGAAGCCACGCAGCGGUCAUUGGAACGUAUACUAUAUGUAUGGGCUAUACGACAUCCGGCAAGCGGCUACGUGCAAGGAAUCAACGAUCUAGUCACGCCAUUUUGGCAGGUUUUCCUUGGAAUGUACAUCACGGAUCCGGACAUUGAAUCGGGGAUGGAUCCUGGCCAGCUCCCCAAGCCGGUCUUGGACGCGGUCGAGGCGGAUUCUUUCUGGUGUCUGACGAAGCUGCUGGAUGGCAUCCAAGACAAUUAUAUUUUUGCGCAGCCGGGAAUUCAGAGACAGGUGGCGAGCUUGCGGGAUUUGACCACGCGGAUCGACAAGGGAUUGGCACAGCAUUUGGCUAGGGAGGGCGUCGAGUUCAUCCAGUUCAGCUUCCGGUGGAUGAACUGCUUGCUGAUGCGGGAGAUCAGCGUGAAGAACACGAUCCGGAUGUGGGACACGUACCUGGCCGAAGAGCGCGGGUUUUCCGACUUCCAUCUUUACGUAUGCGCGGCGUUUCUGGUCAAGUGGUCGGAGCAGCUGGUCAAGAUGGACUUUCAGGAGAUUAUGAUGUUUCUGCAGUCGCUGCCGACGCGCAACUGGACGGAAAAGGACAUUGAGCUCCUGCUCAGCGAGGCGUUUAUCUGGCAAAGCCUGUUCCGCGGCAGCAGCGCGCACCUCAAGGGGCAGGGCGCGCGGGUGGCUAACGGCGUGCUAGGCGUGUGAGGGUGAGGGUGAGAGGGGCGGCGCGGGCCGCCGUUGAUAAAGAAAGAAAUGGAUGGAUGGCUGGUUGGAUGGAUAGGAGGCGUCUUGGGUAAUAAUAGUAAUCGCGAGCGGUUGAAUGCAGUCUUGGGUCGAUGCGCGCCCGCUUUUUUUCACCUUCAGGCAUCUCGUUUUUGGGUUUCUCUAUUGUUGAGUUUUGGUUGCGGGGUUGGCAUUGGGACUGGGGUUGCUGUUUUGUCUUUUGCAUCAAGGAAGGGAAGGAAAAAGAGGACAUGUGUGUUGGUCCAGGUCCUAUUGUCUGGUGCCGACAAAGGUGGGCCUGGCAUAUGAUGUGUAUCUGUUUAUGCAUCUAUCUAGCUUUGCUUUUUCUCGUCUCCCUCUCACGUCGUAUUCGACCUAACGCUCAGAUCCUUAGCCAGCGCACGCACAUCCACCCCAUCCUCGUCCUCCCCCUCCCCCGCACCGCCC